AUGACUCCUGAUCAGGUUGUACGUCGCGCCCGUGCUGGAGGGCCACCAGUGAAGAUCACCCAUCAUGGAGUCAAUUCUUUGGAGGAUAGUGAAGAGGAGAGCAUCCUGGAAGACUGGAUUUUUCCAACUGUUGACGGAGGACUAUGCAACUGGGAAGCAAAAGACUGUGUAAAUGAUGCGAAACAAUUUGUUUACGGAGGCUAUGGUGGAGGCUAUGGCAGAGGCUAUGGUGGUUACCAUGGAGGAUACGGUGGUUACCACGGAGAACACAGUGGAUACGGUGGCUACCAUGGCGGUAGUGGUGGUUAUAAUGAUGGCUAUGGUGGAUACCAUGGCGGCGGUGGUUACACUGGUGGCAAUGGUGGUUACCGUGGUGGUGGUUACGGAAAUGGAGGUGGCGGUGGUGGCGUCGAUGGUGGAGGAGGAUAUGGUGGUCGUGGAAGAAGCGGUGGUGGUGGUGGAGGAGGCGGUGGGGCGGUGGUUACGUUAGUGGAGAGGAUUCCAACAAUGGUAACUGAUUAUAUUUACCAUGCAUGCAUGUUUUAA